UUUUAUUCUGAACUAAGUCUUAAACUUGCUAAUGUAGGUAUUUGACUUAAGCUACCUACUCAACUAUGCAACAGAGGACCUGCCUCUGCUCAAGGAGCUAGCGACUACCCGGAAUUUUUACUGUGAGCAUUAUCGUCCGAAGUCGACUGAUUUGCACAGUGCCGACUAUCCCGAAAUACUUGAAAACAAUAUCAAAAGAGAAUUUCUGCCACUGAAUACCGUCGAAUUUCAUGAUGACAGGAGAGAAGGCGGCGGUGCUGUGAGGAAGGUCCCCGGCUGCGCACGCUCGCUCGCUGGCUCGCUCGCUGGCUGGCUGAGAUGGAGAAGGCGCGGCGGCUCCGCGGCGCGGCCUGGCGCUGCGCGUCGGUGGCCUGCUCCUGGUCGUGGGGCGCGUGCCGCGUCGGCCUCCUAGCGCUCAUCCUCACCUUCCACCUGUACGGCGGCCUGCUCCUGCUGGCGCUCAUCGCGGCCUCGGUGGCGGGCCUCCUGUACAAGUUCCAGGACGCCCUGCUCUACUUCCCCGACCAGCCGCCCUCGUCCCGCCUGUACGUGCCCGUGCCCGCCGGCGUCCCGCACGAGAGCGUCUUCGUUCGCGCCAAGGACGGCGUCCGCCUCAACCUCAUCCUCCUGCGGCACGCCGCCGAGGGCCCCGCCCCUGUAGCCGGCCCCGCCCCCGGGCCCAGCCCCGCCCCCGCUCCCGGCCCCACCCCCACCGUCAUCUACUUCCACGGCAACGCCGGCAACAUCGGGCACCGCGUGCCCAACGCGCUGCUCAUGCUGGUGAACCUGAAGGUGAACGUGGUGCUGCUGGACUACCGGGGCUACGGGAAGAGCGAGGGGGAGCCCAGCGAGGAGGGCCUGCGCCUGGACGCCGAGGCCGCCCUGGACUACGUCAUGACCCGGCCCGACCUGGACAAGACCAAGGUGGUCCUGUUCGGCCGGUCCCUGGGCGGGGCGGUGGCGGUGCGGCUGGCCUCGGAGAACCCGCACCGGGUGGCGGCCCUGAUGCUGGAGAACACCUUCCUCAGCAUCCCGCACAUGGCGGCCACCCUCUUCUCCUUCCUGCCCCUGGGCCACCUGCCGCUCUGGUGCUACAAGAACAAGUUCCUGUCGUACCGGCACGUGGCGCAGUGCCGCAUGCCCACGCUCUUCGUCUCGGGCCUGUCGGACCAGCUCAUCCCGCCUGUCAUGAUGAAGCAGCUGUACGAGCUGUCGCCCGCGCGGACUAAGCGCAUGGCCGUCUUCCCCGACGGCACGCACAACGACACCUGGCAGUGCCCGGGCUACUUCGCCGCCCUCGAGCAGUUCAUAAAGGAUCUCCUGACGAGCCACGCCCACCAGGAGGCCGCCGAGGGCGUGGCCAGCGUCACCAUCAUUUAAGCUGUGCAGCCCGCGCUCCCGGCCCGUGCCACCAGGUGGCGACAAAACUGUAACGGAAUGUACUUUCAAAAAAAAAAUAAUAAUCUCAUGCACUCUUUGAAUGUACUAUCUUUCUCAUCUGUGUAAAUGCAUCACCAACACAAAUUGCGACAAAAAAAAAAAACUAAUUAAAGGGCCUGAGGUUGUGUGAAGCUGAGUACAGAAAUGAAUUGUAAAAUGCCUUUUCGAGUCCCAUUUUGAAUGUACAGUCUUCUACGGUUAUUACGUGUAUUGAGUUCUAUUACACCCACAUGCACACUCAUAUUUCAAGGCUCUUUUGAAAAAAAUAUUUCCAAGAAAGGUAUGCCAAGUGAUGCUUCAUUCAGCGUUUGCAGCCAAUAUAAAACCGGUGCUAUGUUCCCUUGUACUCUUUAUAGUUCGUAUUUUUAAACUGAAUUUUAAUUUAUAUAUACAGACAGGACAAUGCAGAAAAUUAGAUUCUAUAAAGGUGAAGGCAUACCAGGUAUGUUAGCUUGUCUGUUAGCUUGACAACAAAUACAGUUCCUUUUCAGUGUUUACUGGGGGUUGAUGCUGGUGUUGGGAUUUCUGUAAAUGCAGCAUUCGAUAGUAUAGUAUUACUGAUGGUAAUACUGAGAAUGUGAAUGUGUUUGCCAGUAUUGUCAAGGUUUAUGAUUAAUUGUACGUACUUUUGAUAAUAAACGGUACAGUGCCACUUGGUAUACCUUUCUACAACCGCUGUUUCUCAGAAUAUAAUCAAAUUAUUCAUUUUUGCGACAAAUUUUGUUUCAGGGAGGCAACAUAACCCUGGCUGUCCUUGAGAAAUGGCUUGACCUUGAGGGAACUUGGUCUAGGACGAUUUCUAAUGAGCAAAUUGAUUCUCGUUAUGUCUUUCAGGGAAUAUAACCAUGAUGGAUAACGCAUUAAAUCUGUUACUGUACCUCAAUUAAAUAUCCUCCAUUGCAGUAAUAAGUAAGCCAUUUAUACAGUAAUUUAUUGCUUUUUUGCCUUCAUGAUUUUUUUCAGUUGUAGAAAUCUUGUUUCUAUAAAUGUGGGAAACUGAUCUGUUGGGGGGUUGCUCUUCUAUUAUAAUUAUAGAAGCUUUUUGAGAAUAUAGAUUUUUAUUGGGAAGGACUCUGGUUACUGUCAGAGAAUUUCCUGGCAUUGUUUUUGCUUUUCGGUUAUGGUUUUAGGGAGGAGCUUCCCGGCUGGUUGGUUAUGAUUCGAAAGUAAACGUUUGCCCGGUUGGUCUUUGCCCAAAUUAUAGCCAAAAUGAAAAUUUGCACACAAAAUAGCCAUAUGUUGAUAUUGAGUGUGGAUGCUCUGCAGCCAUAUAUUUCAACACUUCCAUGCUUAUUUACUAGCAUUUUGAUAGAGUUUUUAAAAAAAAUAGUUUUUAACCAUUUUCAUAUGUCAACCAUGUUCAUCAACCGAGGAAUUGAUUUAAGUUCACUGGAAAAUGCAAAUACUUUUGAGACAGCAAUGUGGUUUUUUUUUUUUUAAGUUAAAGUUGAAAAAGAAAUUACCAAAUACAGCUUAUGCAUUAAAAAUAAUAAAAAUAACAAUAAUUAUACCAAACUUAUGAAAAAAUCAGCAUUUGUCUUGGUUAUGUUUAUUAUGCUUAUGAUAUUUAUUUUCCUGCAGUGAAGCCUUUUACAUCAUGGUCAGAUGGUCAUAUACUGAAUAUUCACCCCUGAUGCAAUGUGCCAUAUAUUCAAGUGUGUCUGGACUGUGGUUCAUUGCUUUUUAAUGGUCUGACUAGUUUGAAGUUUUCAGUGCUGGGUGUGAAUGGGCUUCUACUCUCUCUGAAUGGUGAGAUCACAAGUUUCGGCAACAAGGGCUGUAUCUUUCUGGUUUUCGUGACAACUUCUGGCCUUAAUGACUUAUUAGCCCAAUCAUUUACGCCGUCUGGCGUUUUAGCUACGUUUCUUGAUAAGUGCAUGAAUGACUGCCGAAUAAGGUUCUUGUGUCCCUGUAUGAAACGUUUUUCUGUGAUCUGAUCCACGAGUGAACCAGUGUUGGUGCAAGCAGUCGGUUAGCUCUUUAGCCAGGGAAAUUGGGUCGAAACAAAAACGUGCACACGUUGCCCAUCCCUGGGCUAGGCUGACUGUCCCUGUGUGAACCAACCGUAAGAGUCCUUUAGCCAUUCUAAUUGUAUUUGUGUGUGAGUUCUUUUUUUUUCUUUCUUCUAUAGCUUAAGGAAAUGUAUUCUUUUUUUUUAAAGGCACAAUCACAAUUUCUGUACUGUAACAUGCAAUAAAUCUCAAAUAAGUUUCA